UGAGGGCGGUGUUCCGCCUGGGCGAUGAUGUCGAAAAUAUCUUCCCAGCUCUCGGCAUUGAAGGCCAAGAGUGUGGCGGAGUCGAAAGUGAUGAAACUUUGCGCGAUUUCUGUCUUGUUCCUUCCCUUGGCGUUCCUUGGAGUUGGUGCAGGAGAUCAGGCUCGGUGCAAGGAUGAAAACAGAAAGAAUGUUGAUUGGUUUAUCAUGUACAAAGUGCCGAAGAUGCAACGGAGGGGAAAUGCAAACUUCAUAACCCCGGACGGACAAGAAUUCGCCUACGUUGACGCGAAUACGCCUUCGUCGAACAAAGUGUGGAAACUUUCGUCGGAAAAUAUCUACGACGAAAACAACCCACUUGCCUACACCCUGGCUCCACUUUACAAGUCUCAGAGGAAACCAACGAACCUUCUGUACGCCGUGUACAACGACCAACCCCCAAAUAGUCACAACGGGACCAGAAAUGGUCACACCAAAGGCGUUGUCAUGUUCGACGACACAACUGGGAUCUGGCUCCAGCACAGCGUGCCGAGGUUCAUGGAGGAAUUGUUCACCGGGAAGUUCACUUUUCCAGAGAACGCCCGCGAAAACGGACAGGCUAUAUUAUGCGUAACGUUUCCAACUUCUCAGCUGAAUACAAUUGCGAAGCACCUACGUAUGCAGUACGCCAACAUCUACGAAAGCGGCAGUCCAGAAGCUCUCAGACGUCUUCAUCCUCAGGUGGACCUCCUCUUCAAAGGGAGCUUCAUCCGCGGACCCAAGCAGAAGUUGUCCGCCGACAUCAUCACCAGUGCUGGCGGAAAGAAAUUCGUUAGCAUCGCCAAGCGGGCGACUAUGCAAGUUGACAUCUACUCCGAAAUCAUCACCAACGUGACGCAAGACGACAUCCUUGUACAAUCCUGGCGCAACGGAGCUGGAAAAAAGCUGGACGCCUCCUGCAGGACGCAGUACAUUGUAUUAGACGCGGACGCAGUGAACUUAAGCUUUGGGAAGAAUUCUCUCAGCUGGUCAUCAAGGGAAGAUCACAGCAAAUGGGCUGUGGGCAUCAGGAAGCCUUGGUUCUGCUUCGGUUCCCUCAAUCGAAUGGAAUCUCAGUUCAACCGAGGCGGCGAAGUGAUGUGCACUCAAGACGCCAUGCUGAGCAGUCUGUUUCGAAGAACUGGUUCCACGAAAGAAACGUGCUGAUUUCGGCAACAGAUCUACGAGGUCUGAUACCGUGUCGUCAUUCUUUAUUUUCUUCUUCUUUUUUUUUUUUUUGACAAUGACGAUGAACUUCUGAAAUGCCUAACGUUGGCUGGCCCCUCACUGAUCCGCACCAUAUAAGAGAAUCCCACAAUCUAAGAAGAAAAAAAAAAGGUAUUUUUACUCCUUUUGGGUACUAAAUGCAUUGCCACAAAAAGUAGUUCCUUUAGGGAGUAAAUACACGGGUGUAAAUGAAUGUCACAGAGUGGAGACUGCAUUUCGCGCGCUGUUGUAAGAGUCCCCAAGUACAUAAUUCGUCUGCAUGCAUUAAAAUACUUUGAAGCAAACCGUCAACCGUGAUAUAUCGAGUGAAAAUCUUUCGCCCUACAUAGGGCACAAUUUGCGAAGAAAGAUGCGCUAACUGUCGUCUGAGUUAUACAGCCUUAUGUCGUUGAAAUUGACCAAGGGCACAUGUUUACGUCGACUGUUGCAUUCAGGAGACCGUUCACGAAGUUCAGUGACAAUUUGCAGUCCUGGUACUGAAUGUCGGGACUAAAUGUCGGGUUAGGGGACUAAAAUGGUGAGUAAUUGCAGACUAGGGGAGUAGAAGCUGCAAUUGCUCCCCGUUUUACUCCUUUUUUUUUUCUUAGAGUGCAGCAUUUAUAUUUCUUUGGUCACCAGAGCAACGAACCUGGUCCAGAGGUUGAAAGACUCCGGCUGACAUGCAGGAGGGACUACGAAGUUCUGGAUCAGAACAUAUCACCGUAGUUUACGUGAAUUCGCCAAACAUUACUUGGCACCGAGACUUUGCAAAUAAAGGAUAUCUUUAAAAAUG